AUGGGAAACUAUUUUCCUCGGGAUCUUAAGAAGCAAAAGGCUUGGGAAUUCCUUGACUUAAAGCAAGGAAAUAUGACUGUGGAGGAAUAUGCAGCCAAAUUCCAAGAGCUGAUGAUGUACUGGCCUUACUACCAGCACGAGGAUGGAGAGGAAGAUUUAUGUAGUCAAUUUGACACCAGAGGGAGUGGUCCGAUGAGCCAAGACAAAAGAACCCCUAAGUUCUUUAAGGGGCCAUACUCGAGCUCCAGCCAUUCUAAGUCCAAAGAGACCUUAUCACAGGAGAGAAGCAACAGUAGUGGCUUUGGUUCUGGCUCUUUCAGAGGGGCAAUAAGAUGCUUCAGGUGUGGAGGUCCUGAUCCACAGACCAACUAUGGUAACUAUGGAAAACUGGGACACACUGCAAAUGUUUGCUGGGCUGCUCCUAAGACGAGCGGCAGUGUGAGUACCAGCCAUAGACCUGAGUCGAGAGGAAGCAUGGGGCCAAAGCCGAGCAUUUCGGGGAAGGUCUUUGCCAUGAGUGGGGCAGAGGCUUCACAGUCUUAG